AUGAACGGCCUCAUCGUACUCGCGUCGCUAGUAGUCGUAAUAUUUUCUUUAAUUUAUUAUCUGUCGAGAAGAAAACUCAGUUACUGGAAAAAAAAGAAUGUGCCGCACGCUGACCCAUUGCCAAUUUUGGGCAACUACGGGAAAUAUAUUUUACAAAAAGAAUACCCGGGAAAAAUGAUCCAGAAAUUGUGUCAGAAGUUUAAAAGUGAACCCUAUUUUGGAGCUUACUACGGUACGGAGCCUGUCCUAAUAGUUCAAGACCCCGAGAUCAUUAAGCAUGUAUUAACAAAGGACUUCUACUACGCUAACGGUAGGGAAUCGUCCAACUAUUCUAAUGGAGAACUCAUCACACAGAACUUGUUCUUCAGCGCAGGUGACAACUGGAAAGUAGUUCGACAAAACUUGACUCCACUCUUCUCCUCUCUUAAGAUGAAGAAUAUGUUUCAUUUAAUUGAAAAGUGUACAAUUGGCUUCGAAGAUAUGCUGGACGACGAAAUUAAAAUGUCGAAUGUCAUUGAAGUGAGAAGGAUAGCUGCAAGGUACACUAUGGACUGUAUAUGUUCCUGUGCUUUCGGAGUGGAGUCUAACACCAUGUCACAAAAAGAAAACAACCCCUUCCAACUCAUGGCUGACGAAAUAUUCGAGUCUUCGAGAUACCGGGGCUUCAAACUUAUUUUUAGAGCUGUAUGGCCAUCAAUAUUCUACCGUAUCGGGCUUAAAAUAUUUCCCUCAACUAUUAAUAGAUUCUUCUUCAAGUUAUUGACUGGAGUUUUUGAAAGCCGAGGAUACAAGCCAUCACCAAGGAACGACUUUGUGGAUCUACUUCUGAAUCUGAAGAAAGAAGAUUAUAUAACUGGAGACAGUAUAAGCAAUGUGAAGACAGGUGAUGAUAAGAAGGUGCAUUUGAAGGUGGAUGACGAGCUCCUAGUGUCGCAAUGUAUUCUGUUUUUCUCUGCCGGCUUCGAGACGUCGGCGACAACAAUGGGAUUUACUUUGUAUGAGCUAGCGAAGCACCCGGAGGUGCAGAAAAAAGCUGCUGAGGAAGUGGAUGCGUUCAUGUGUCGUCACAAGAACAAGCUAGUGUAUGAUUGUGUGACGGAGCUGCCUUACUUGGAGGCUUGUAUGUACGAGACUCUGCGGAAGUACCCUGUACUAGGCAACUUGACCCGCGAGGUCAUGGAUGACUACGUUCUGCCUACAGGGUUGAAGUUAGAUGUAGGUGUCCGUCUGCAUAUACCAGUGUAUCAUAUGCACUACAAUCCUGAAUACUUCCCUGAACCUUACAAGUACAAGCCGGAGCGAUUCCUGCCCGAACACAAGAAUGAGGUCAACCCUAACACGUUCUUCCCAUUCGGAUCUGGACCCAGGCUGUGUAUAGGAAUGCGCUUCGCAAAGAUGCAAGUACUGUCAGGUCUCAUCACCUUCCUGAAGAAGUACAAAGUGGAAUUGGCAGACGGAAUGGCAACAGAGUUAGAUUUUGACCCCAAAACGAUUUUGACCCAACCUCUGGACAAUUGUAUCGGAUUAAAAUUGACUGAACGUGAAGGAUGGGAGCAAAGAAGAUUUGUACGAACGUAA